AUGAGAAAUGAUCUUGAUCGAGCUAUGUCUAUUAAUUAUCUUGAAAUAACUUUAGCUAAUCAACAACAAUAUAAAGAUGCACUUCAAUCCUUUCAAAAAUUCUUAUCUAUUCGACAAAAAUUUUCAUCAGAGAAUCAUCCAGAUAUAGGAAUAUCUUAUGCAAAUCGUGGUGGAGUUUAUUCAGAUUUUAAUAUGGUGAUGAUCAGUUUGAUUGAUGAUACAAAUAAAAUGAAGUAUUUUGAUGGACAUCAAGCACCAAUAUUAGGAUUAAAUAUUUAUGAAGAAAAACAAUGGAUUGCAACAUCGUGUUGUAAUGGAUCAGUUCGAAUUUUCAAUAUUGAUAAACAAACAUUAGUAAACCAAUUGAAUAUUAUCAACAAAUUAAAUGAUUCUAAAGUACUUUCUAAUGAUUUUGAACCAGUAGUUGAAGAAGAAGAUGAUGAUAAUGAUGAAAAGCUAAUACCCAAAUGGUUUGAACGUGCAACAUCAAUAAUAAUUGAAACAAAACCUGUUGAAUUUUAA